UGAAAAGGAAUCCAAGGAUACAUGGUCUUGGUUUAUCAGAUGUCUUGAGCAUGAAUUGACAGAAACUGAAGGAGAAGGGCUGACAGUAAUAUGUGAUAUGCAGAAGGGUCUUCAUAUAACAAUAACUCAGUUAUUGCCAAAUGCUGAGAUGAGGUGGUGUGCUAGACAUAUCUGGGCCAAUUGGAAGCAAACUUGGCCUGGUGAGAAAAGAAGGAAAAAAUUCUGGCAGUGUGCAAGAGCUACAUUUAAAGUUUACUUUAGCAAGAAGUUGGAUAAAAUGGACUUGCUGGGGGGGGGGGAAGCAGAUAUUGUUCAAUACUUAUUGAAAUACAACAAGGAGACAUGGUGUAGGGCAUACUUUAAAGAACAUAGUAAGUGUGAUGUAGUGGAGAACAACAUGUGUGAGACAUUCAAUAGUUGGAUUUUGGCAUCUAGGUACAAAUCUAUCAUUACUAUGUUAGAGGAAAUUAGAAUCAAGUGUAUGGAGAGGUUGAAUAGCAUAUGAGAGUUUUCUGAAAACUGGGUAGGUGAUAUAUCACCCAUGGCUAUGGAAAUACUUAGAGAGAAUGCUCAAAGGGUAGCCAAAUGUGAAGUCAAAUUUAAUGGUGAAACAGGGUAUGAGAUCCAGGAUGGGCUAUAUAAACAUGUUGUUGACUUUAGGAGGUGUUCCUGUACUUGUAGGUCAUGGCAACUCAAAGGAAUUCCAUGUGUACAUGCAAUUACAACAAUGCAUCAUAAGAACUAUGAGGUUGAUCCAUAUGUUGACCAUUGGUAUAGGAAGGACACCUACCUUAAGGCAUACAACAUAUUCAUUCAACCUUUAACUAGUAUGAAUUUGUGGCCAAAAAACCCACUGCAAGCUAUUGAGCCACCUAUUAUAAAUGCAAUGCCAGGAAGGCCAAAGAAAAAAAGGAGAAAAGAUGCUGAUGAACCAAAGAAGAAGUUUGGGAAGGGUACAAGGAUAGGGAGACAAAUGAGACGUUCUUUAUGUAAGACUCUUGGACAUAACAAGAAAGGAUGUCCAAUUGUUAGAACCCAGGGUGGAAGGGCUGUAACUAGUUUAGUAGGAGGUGAAACUGCUGAAAAUGUAUCAUCAAUAGCAACAGAUGGAAGGGCUAGAACUAAUGAGAAUACAUCAACAGUAGCUGGAAGUGCAGCAACAACAACAACAGCUGGAACUGUGGAAAGUGGCACCUUCACUCAACCAAACACUGAUUCAAGCACACAACAAUCAACUAAUAUUGGUGAAGGUCCAAAAAGGAAGACCAAUUAGCCUAGAAGAGGUGGUGCAAAUGCAAGGUUUAAGAGACCAAAGGUAGCAGGAUAUGGUUUGCCAUUUGGUUCAAGUAGCACUGCGAUACAGAGGUCUGGAACUACUGACAGAGUGGUACACAAUACUUCUACACUCAUAAGUUCUGCCCCUACUAACAUUAAACUUAGGUUCAAACCCCCUGGACUAAAGUGGAAGGGUCAAGUUGCAGUUACACAACGACAGCUGCAAGAACAGAGUUACAGAAGGGCAAACUCUGCUACAACCACUAAAGCCACACCAAAGACACAAUCCACA